UCGUGUGUAUAGAGUAUAUCAUAGUGGCGUCGACCCCAAUUGUGUUUUAGAUCGCCGUCGAAGCUUUUCUCGGUCGCAUCUCGGUAUGGUUUUAGUGUGGUAGUUCGUGGUGUCCGGCGUACACGUUCGUUCAAUCGAUCGAACAUGAAAGACGUUGUCAAUCAGCUGGAAAAUGACGGCUUCGUUGUCCUCGAAGAUUUUCUCAAGCCGGAGGAGAUUGACGAGCUGAGGGGUGCGGGCGAGGAAUUCACGACGAAUCUGCCACCCGAGAAGGACAGGAAGAUCUUCAAUACCGUCGAUCAGCAACAGAGCAAGGACCGCUACUUCAUUGACAGUGCCAAUAAGAUAUGUUACUUCUUCGAGUCGGAAGCUCUGGAGGACAAUGGGAGCCUUAAAGUCCAUCCACGAGUGUCCCUGAAUAAAGUCGGGCACGCAUUACACUGGCUGCACCCGGUUUUCAAAAAGUACACUUUCAGCGAAAAAGUGAAGGAAAUCGCAUUUCAGUUGGAACUCAUCGAGCCAGCCGUUUGUCAGUCCAUGUAUAUUUACAAAAAUCCAGGAAUUGGUUCGGAAGUUGUGACGCACCAAGAUGCCAGUUACUUGUAUACAGACCCGGUAAAGCUGAUCGGCUUCUGGAUAGCUUUAGAAGACGCGACGAGAGAUAACGGCUGCCUGUGGAUAGCUUCGAGUUCACACAAAAGCGGAGUACACCGACGCUACGUGCGUAACAGGGAUCCAUUAGCUGAAGAGUUGCUCGUUUACGACAGACCAGCAGCUUACUACCAGGAAAGUAGCUUUCGACCGAUUGAGGUACGCAAGGGCACGUGCAUACUGUUGCAUGGCCAGGUCGUGCACUUCUCCAAGGAUAAUAAAAGUGAUAGGUCACGACAUGCAUACACGUUCCACAUCGUGGAAACGCACCACGUCAACUAUUCGAGGAACAAUUGGCUCCAGCCACCAAAAGAAGGUUUCCCUCUUCUCUAUACAAACUGAUCAUACUGGCGAUUGUCAGAACUUUG